AUGGACUUGGAAUAUGGCGGUGUUGAUCUAGAGCACUUCAAACUUUUGAAGUGGAAACAGGCAUUAGAGAUCUUUUGGAGUGUUGCUUAUUCGCUAACCAGGGCUGAAAAGCUCUAUCAGUUUGAACAUCGUGAUCUUCAUUGGGGAAAUAUCGUUAUUGAGUACAAACAGAGCCAACAUGGAAGCCAUAGACUGGAAGAUGCAUUCCAAGAUCUGAGUUUUAUUGAGGAGAAUGAUGACGAUGAGGGUCCAACACUAAGCCAGGAUGAAUUCAGCGUGAAGAUAAUUGAUUAUACACUCUCUAGGCUUCAAAGCUCAGAUGGGUCCGUCAUUCAUACCAGGCUAGACCACCAGGACUUCUUCAAAGGUCGGGGUGAUUAUCAAUUUGACAUUUAUAGAAUGAUGCGUUCUGAGCUCAAAUCAUUGCAAAAAAGUGAGGAUAGUGAGGUUGAUUGGAGCUUAAGUUCAUUCAGAACAAACCUCAUGUGGUUGCACUACUUGUUGGAUAAAUUGGUACGGAGUAAAGGCAUCACAGAUCUCAGUGGUGAUGAAUCCCGUGAGAAGUUGGAGAGAUUGCUAAGAGUGUUGAACCCACGUCGUAAGAAACUCAGCCAGGACGACGACAGUGCAACACAGGAUAAGUAUUUUAACGACUUCCACUGCUGUGAAGAUGUUUUAAACUACGGGAAGGAACAAGGGCUUGUAUAG